GCUGACUUGCACCAUGAAGACUGCAGGGGUUUUUCUGAGUGGAUUUAGAAUUUCUGGCCUUGCCUUGUGGAUCAUGGCAGCAUGUGGCCAUCCCCAUAAAGGGUCUCAAUCCACAGGCCAGAGCAGCAGUGGUGGAAAUGUUGCUGCUAACUAUCCCUCUUACCAUGGAAGAGUCUCUAGCUAUGCAGCUGCACCACACAGUGGUUUUGCAGGUGCUUAUGGUGGUGCUUCUGUUCCUACACUUGUGCAAGGUUCCACUGUAUAUCAGCCUGUCCUGGUAACUCCAGGGGUGGGUGGCUCUGGUUCUCCAGCAGCAAUGGGUGUGCAAGCUGCUGGUGUGUCCCCAGUGGCUCAAAUGGGUGUGCAAGCUGCUGGCGUGUACCCAGUGGCUCAAAUGGGUGUGCAAGCUGCUGGUGUGUCCCCAGUGGCUCAAAUGGGUCAAGCAGGUACCUUGGUCUCUGGCAUGCCAGGAGUAGCAUAUGUCACCAGCCCUCAAAUGUAUGUACCUGUGGAAGAAUACAGUGCUGGAACCCAGGAUGAACAGCCAGAAACCCAGUGGACUGUUCCUACCACUGUCUUCUCUGAGGCUGGCUCGGCUGAUGCCCAGUCCAUCGGUGACUUUGUCCCUCCAGGCCCUUCUGCACCAAGUGGACCCACCCUCCAGUCGGGAGAGACCUCCAGUGUGGUCAAGGAAGCUGAGCUGGGGAGCUACCAGCAGCAGACCGAGGAUUUUGGCUACCCAGCUGACGUUGCAGGAUCUGGACAGGGGUAUGGUCAGGGGUUGGCCACUGUCCUUGUGUCAGGUGGUCAACUGGGUGGCUUCCGCCCUGUAUCUACUGGCAGGUUUGACAGGAUGCUCCUGUAUGGCUUGUACCCUCCUGGAUCCUACAGCACCUUCAGCCAAAACCAUGAGGCGGGCAGAGACUACUCUCAGGCCAUCCACUACUUGAAGGAGCAUGUUACUGAAAGCCAUGGUUCUGGCCAACAGCAGAAGGUCUUCCCAGGUGCCCACUAAAGCUCUGCAGAUGGGUCAAUGGGUUGUGACCAUGUCAAGGCUACAAUCUUGCUGCCUGUGGCCCUCAGCUUUGAAGUUUGAUAACACUGCUCUAAAGAUCUCAUUAAAUGCUUGAGU